CCCUGAGUGUACAAGCAGAGGGGAAGGUUCAGGAUGAGGCUAAGAGGAGUCAUCCCUGGACUGGUUAUGACCUUUGAAAAUUAGCAGUGUCAAUCUCUGCUUGACUGGUGUUCUGACUAAAGUGAAACUGAGUGGCCUCAGAAGAGUUCUUCACUUCCUCAAAAAUAGCCUUGUUGAAAACCCAUUUUAACCCUUUUUAAAUAAAUACACCUUUAAAAUGAAAAAGCCAUUAGGAAUUAGCAGCAGCAGUUGAAAAGGUGGCUUAUGCCUCACUUAUUUCUGCUUGGUUUGUUAAGUAAAGGACAAAAGAAAUGGGAAUAUCACCAAUAUUUUCAGCUAAGGUGAUAAAAUUUGGUAGAUCACACAUUUCUCAAAUAGAAACAAGGUAAGGGCUUGUACUGGUUUUUCACUUUUUUUGCUUUGACUUGGGAAAAGGCAUCACAUUUGCAGUUCAUUCACACUGCACAGUAACUUUAAAUGCUGUGUAAACAUCCCAUCGGUAAGGCUGUUUCUGGGUGUGACACUUUUGGUUACUGAGCUUCACCUUUGCUAAUUUAUUCAGCUUAAUGUGGUGUUACAAAUAGUGAUAUUCUUGUGGAGAUCCCAUUGCCACUCUGCAGAGAAAAAUUAUUUUUACACCGAUUUUGUUGGCAAGCUCUUUCAAAAAUGACCUCAUGUGUGGCAGUGGAUGCAGCGUUACAGCCAAAAAUGUUUUGCACACUCACCCUCUCUGAGUGCGCUGCCAAAACAUCCUCAACACAACGCAGUUUGUUCAUUCAGCACCUCAGAUUCCCAUUUCAUUAAUUUUAUUAAACCCAGCUGAUGACUUGUCUCAUUCACAGAUGACUCUGUUACCACUCUGAAUCGUGUCCUAAAUGUGAUCCUGCAGGUAGAUGCCCUCAGGUCAGGGCCAGAAAAAUUGCUUCUGGCAAAAGUAAAUUUACCCUCUGAGGACCGGUGAUAGUGAUGCAUCGAGUCGUAGUCCGGAUAUUUCUUUGUGAAGCAAAAAAUGAGGAGUAAAGAUUCAGUUGGCGGGACCUUUGCGGGAGAGCGGAGUUGACCAAUCAUUUCCCUCAUAACUGCCAAGCUGGCCCUUGGAUCAGCUGAUCAAGAAAUAACGGUCAAGACCUCUCAAAGGAGCAUCUAGCCUGUGGAGCCUGCCUUCAAAAAGUUGAAGGUAGGGAGUUAGGCCAAAGGAACGUUAAACAGGUGUGGAACUGAGCAUUCCAAUAAGGUAACAUGAUGGUCGAGUGGCUAUCACAUCUGCCACCCGAAGUUUGGGUUAUGGUGUUCAGCUACCUGAGCACACAGGAAAAGCACAGGGUACGCUGCUGCUGCAAAGUCCUCAAAAAGCUGAUUGACCACCCAUGCCUAUGGCGGAAUCACAUGGUGGUCCUAUCCAACUUUCCACGUUACACAGCUGGAUUCUGGGACACACUAAAGUAUCGCAGGGUGACCCGUGUUGUAGUGCAACGUUUGAGGCCCAAAGACUGGAAACACCUUGUGAAGUCUCUCCCACGGCUCACCACUAUUGUCUGCAUGGAGGGACAGCAGCAUUACAAGAAGAAAAAUGUGGACAACCUGCUUCAUUUCCCCAACCUAAAGACUCUCGGGAUACGAAACGCCACAUGGAGCGAGCCGAUGCUACAGCAGUGUCAGACUGGGCAUCUAGCAGAGCGGCUGACUCACCUGAGUGUGUGUAACAUCCAGCUUCCAAGCACUGCUGAGUUCGUAAACAGUGUGUCACGCUUGUUCAAUCUGGAAUAUUUGCUGUUUCACCAGCAGGCUGAAGGAAAGCUGCAGGUGGUGGAACCGGUGCCAUCUAAGGCCUUCCAUAACUUGCUAUUGAACCUAAAGAAGCUGAAACACUUAUCCUGGGAGAUACAAGAGAAGCCAGACGUGCCACUGCCCGAUGACUACUUUUAUCCCCCAGACCCAGAAGACCCAGAAGCGUACGGUGGCCCAACACUGACCUCUCUGGAGUUGGUGAAUUACCCAGAAACCAUGCUGUCUGAGAAUGCGCUGAGGGGACUGACCUCACUGAAGUCACUGACUGUUCACUAUAGGUACCUAAAAAUUGACGUCAAAUGUCGUCUGCAGUCCUGGCUGAGUCAUCUGCAAGAGCUAGAAUCACUUGAAAUCAUUGGUGGGAAUUCUCUUGCUCUCUAUACAACCACUUUUCCACCCCAUGUGACCAGGCUGGCGCUGAGAGUGAUCAUAUCACUCAAGGAUUUAUGCUUCAUGGCGAAGAAAGUCAAGAAACUUGAGCACCUCGACAUGCAUCAGAACCGCUUCUCUGGCAGUCUCUGCAAAAAGCUUCCCUCACUAUUUCCUCAGCUCAAGACUCUCAGGAUACGAUAUUUCCAUGAGGAACCAAAAAGAGACCUCCUGUUCCUCCGCAACCUAAAACACCUCGAGCAGCUGGAGCUGAUCGUGGAGCGCUCGUGCAUUCUCAAAAGUGAACGCAACGAGCACCCCUGGCCGAGUCCGUCUUCGCAGGAGCUGAUCAGAGAGCUGCAGGAGCUGUCCGAGAACAGGAUCAACAUCAUCACCACAAUGCGACAAAGAAACCUUUUUCGAGAAUGUGAUUGUGUUUGGGAAGGGGAGUAAAGACACUGCGGUUAAGCCGCAGGUAGCCGAAUGAUAGACAUUGACAUUCAGACAACACUGUCAUUUGAAGUCAACCAGACUCAGAGACACUGCAGAGAUUUUUUUUUUCUUUUUCCCACAAAGUCUUAUGUUUUCAAACUGUUUCAACAUCUCACUCAGUAUCUGAAUUCUGACACGAUCAUACAAUCAUACACUCAUGUCUAUAACCCAGCGGCAGCCACAGCAGCACAACGCAGUGAUGUGAUGUUACAAAAAUUGAGAUUUGCACAACCGGCCGAAGCAACACCAAUGCGCGUUAGUGGAUGUGACAUCAAGUUUGGCGCUGUGCAACAAGGGCUAAGCACUGAGCUAAAAAGCACCGUUAACAGGCAGGACCCUAAAUGUGAGCAGUCUGAAAAGUCUUAUGAUGUAUAUUUCAAAGCCCACAACAACAACAACAACAACAACAACAAAGCCACAUUACUGCAGAGGGGUUAUUGAGCUGUCGGCCUAAUCAAAAAGCUUUUUCUGGUGACUAAUUUACAUGAACUGUGUUGUAGAUCUUUGUAGAAGAUUUGAAUCUUUGUAGAUUUACAUGAAUUGUAGAUCAAGGAAGGACUCAGUUUCCUUAAAUUUAUUAUUUUUUUUGCGUUCAAGGUCAUUUAAAGUAGUUUUCUUUUUUUCUUAAACAGGGAGAAAUGAUAGAUCCAUUGUUUGCAUAUUGAUUUUGCUCCGGCUAAUUUUUUUUUUUUAAACUGAAGUGACUGUCAUUAUAAUCUAUUUGUUUCUCCGGCACAAAGAAGGAAAGCAAAUAACGAAAGUACAAAACAAACCCCAACCAUUAGCAUCAAAACUGAGUAGCAAGCAAACUGAACUGAAAAGGCAAGAAGCUGCUUCUUUGUAGCUCCACUGAAAUGCUACAGAUUGUUAAUUAAUGUUAAUUCAGUGCUUAAUUUUUGAAUUUUUUUAGCCUUUGUUUUUUUUUCUAGUACAAGCCAUUUUUUCUGAAGAAUUGCAGUCUUUGAUUGGAUCCUCUCUUCUUCUUUUGCAUGUAUAAAAUCAAGCAUCUAGCCAUGCCGCAUCAUUUUAUUUGUCAAAGAAUGGGUUGUUCUAAAGAGCCCACUGAUAUUAAGCAUGGUACUGUAAUGUGAUGUCACUGCUAUUUCCUCCCAUCCUCACAGCUUCAGGUAUGAAGCUCCUGAGAAAUGUAAAAGUUUUUGUUUGGGGCAGCUUUUAUAUCUCCUCCCUGAUGGUAAGAGUGAAAAAACUCAAUGGGAACCACUGAAGGUGUCCUACAUGAUACUGGAAACUCGGUGGAUGUAGUACUGUUUGAUCAUCUCCAGCAUGGAUGAGACAGUGAUGGCAAU